AUGGAUCCUUCCUUGAUCGAUUCUGCCACCUGUAGCUUGUUAGGGUUGACGGUUCAGAUCUCAGGAUCGCUCUACGGAGAAUGGAACUAUACGAGCCAGUUGCUAGCUGAGCGCUUGAUCUAUGAACUUUCUCAACUCCAUAAUGUCAUGCGGUCACUCGAAUUGACAGCCUCGUCCGAAACAUAUGCCGUUAUUGUCUCCAAAGAUCUAUUAAUCUGUUUUAACGAUGUGGAAGACUGCAUUCUCUCGUUAGAAUCCGAGCUGCUGGGGCAAUAUUCCUCCGAUGUGUCUAAAUCUCCCAGGCUCCCAUUCACGCCUGCCCAAGGUCUUCAACAGAUCCAGCAUCUUCAAGACUGCCUGUCGAGGUUGAGGGACAAUAUUGAAAGCUCUACAUCGCUUGAGUCGGGAGAACCCCCUCCAAAGCAUACAGUAGACCUAGGCGGAGCUUUAUGGCGAGAUUGUGCUGAUUACAUUGCCGCUCAUGAGUCGGCGCGCGAGUCCCGACUAGCAGGCGCCGGGAUCUCGUUCGUGAACGGAUCACAUUUCCGGAGAUGGCUCAUUCUAGAUUAUGUCGAUAACCCCAACACCCUCUUUUACCUAGGAGAACCUGGUUCGGGAAAGACGAUUCUGACGUCCUUGGCAAUCGAUGAGGUUCAAAAAUGGCAACAGGCCAACGGAUCCUCAAACAUUGGAUUCGCUUACUUCUAUUUUAGCUAUCGAGAGUCCAAUCCGAUGCGAAACAUCGUAUUAGCGCUGAUUCAGCAGCUGUACCUGCAAUCUUUUUCGCCAGUUGAUGAAUUGGCUGCCCUCGAAAGCCUAGCUGCAAAAUCGGAACACAUUCCUUUCGCCAGUCUCGUUUCAGUCCUCCUAACUAUUUCGAAACGGUUUUCAAAGGUCUACUUCAUUUUCGACGCCUUGGAUGAAUGCGAGUCGGCUUACAAACCCGACUUGCUGCAUCUACUCACGUCGAUGAAAGCCUCGCCAGCCCGGCUACUUGCCUUUUCACGACCUCACCAGACUUUUGAUGCCUUGGCGGUCGGCUCGAAGAUUGAAAUCUUGCCAUCAGAAGGAGACAUCAAGCAUUAUGCCAGAAUGAAGUUACUGCGUACACCACUCUUUGCGGACGACGAUGAAUUAUUGGAUGAGGUUGUUUCUGCUCUUGUAGCUGCUAGUGAGCGGCAUCAUCUGUUUUUGCCCAUCGCCUUACAGGUUGAUGCGUUCCUGCAAAAACAUACCAAGCUAGAGGUCAGAGUGCAGAAGGCUGAACUUCACCGAAGUUCAUAUUCUGCUUACCAGGACAGCCUGUAUCGAAUCCAAAACCAGAGGCCCCGUAUGGCAGACUUGGCAAAGCGAACUCUCACCUGGCUAUUUUAUUCUCAACGACCUCUCAAAACGGCGGAACUUCUCGAAAUCCACCACUCCUCGGCCCAAGGCGCGGCAGCCAUCAAUGUCCCCUUGAUUGUACACGCAUGCAGGACUCUAGUACGGGCCAGGGAAACGGUCGCGUUUACACACAUAUCCGUCAAGGAAUUCCUCGAAAAACAAGCGGAUGCCGCUAUGGACGAUGAAAAGAUGAUCGCGAUCCAUUUUGAUUUCAAUCCUCGUGUUCUGGAGUCGACUCCUUUCGACACUCCAGCCAUCUUGGGGGCAGAUAAACUGGACAAAAGUCCCCUUGAGUACGCGGCAAUCUACGGUGAUGAAAGUACAGUCAUGAUGCUUCUUCCAUUCUAUACCUCUGAAUCUGCGAAUGAUUUCAGAAGCAGAGCGUUCCAGGCAGCUUUGACUGGCGGCAAGCUCCACAUAAUGAAAUGUCUAUUAUCGCAGGGAGAAGAUGCCCAUUACAGCUAUCUUCUGGAGGCAACGAAGGCUGGAUUUUAUGCAGCAGUAUACCUUCUUGCAAGUUACGGGUCAGAUAUUGACAAUCCAGAUGUUGCUGGGGAGUCAGCGCUAAUGAUCGCGGCGCGAGAAGGUUGGAACAGCAUUCUCAAGUUCCUGGUCAAGAAUGGGGGAGAUCUUGAGUGUAAGGAUUCGGAUGGACAGACUGCACUCGCCUUGGCCGUAAAGACGGGCAACAAUGAGGGAGUGCGAAUCCUAUUACAGGCCGGGGCUUGGCCAGAAGCAUCCAUCAACAAUGAAACACUUGUGGUAUAUGCCGCCAGUCAAGGCCGGGUGGAAACUGUUCGGCUGCUGUUAGACGCAAGACAUCGUCCGUACGAAGCGGCUAUGGCUGCAGUCAAAAGGGGGGGGGACUGGACUUCUGGAGCGGCUUUCUCAAUGGGGACUUCUUCCUGCAUAUGUAAACGCCGAUAUGAGACAGAGUCUAGUGGAAGCGGCAAAAGAAGCAGAUUUAAGCUCGACUUUAGACACGUCGUGGUCUCAUGGACUGAAUAUCCCUCUGCGACCGGCCUACUCUGUUCGAUCUGA